AUGCUCCUCCUCCCCUCCACCCUCCUAACCCUCCUCCACCUCGCCCUCCCCGCCCUCUCCCACGCCUCGCCCCAACCCCCCCUCCUCAACUCCACAGCCGACAUAUCCCUCCUACCCCGCCACACCCUCUUCCUGCGCCAACUCUCCAACCUCCAAACUUUCGACGGCAAACUCGGCAACACGCCCGCACCCCCGAUUACGAAUUCCGGUAAAGACGACCGCCCCUUUGAAGUCGAGGGAAACACUUUCCCGGAUUUUGAAACUGCAGCGCAGAGAAGUUGCGAUGAGCAGGCUCAGGGGUGUAGUCGUGAGGCGAAUCGGAAUGGAGGUGGUGGAGGGAAAGAGGGCGGGUUGAAGGUUAAUGAUUGUGAUGAGCAGAAGAAUAAAUGCCUCGAUGCGCAAAAGAGUGCCAAAGUCAAGGAUUUCAAAUCUGCGGUUGCAAGUACGAAUAUUGGGCCUGAUCCCGAUUUCCCGGAGUUUGAUCUGAUUUGUGAGGGUUGA